AUGAACUGUGAUGAAGUAGGAAGUAAUGCCAUCACUUUGUAUGUAGAAAAAGAACAAGUUGAGCCGAUAAAGGAGGUUGAUGGUAGUAAAAGUAAACCCGAUGGAAUCGUAUCUUGUGAUGAAGGUGUGGAUAACGGUAUAGUUAGAUCGGAUAUGGGUGAUGAAUAUGUAGAGCCCCCACCUGUUGUAGAAGCUAGUCAGUAUGUAGAGCCAUGGGAAGACGGUUUGGGUUUGAGUCUCCGUCAAGAAUUUCCUAAUAAGAAGGCAUUGCAAGAUGUGGUGAAUAAAGGCACAUUUGUUCUUAGUUUUGGUUUUGUUAUUAAAAAGUCUGAUCUUGUACGUUUGGUGCUUAGAUGUACUAAAGAUCUGUGCAAAUGGGGUUUACGAGCCGCAAGGGUUAGAAAUACAGAUAAUUUCUCGAUUAGAAGGUACACCAAGAUGCAUACUUGCUCUAGGGCAAGUCAAAUUAGAACCAACAGCAUCGUGAAAAGGCAUGGAACACCAGAAUUAGUCGCAGCUCUUUUGCAUGACCAUUUUCCUGGAAAAAUGGAAACUCCAACUCCUAAAAUGACCAUGGAUCUUGUGAAGACCAAAUUAGGUGUGAAUAUAUCAUACUCGACAACGUUGAGAGGAAAAAAUCAAGCUAUUACCGAUUUGCGUGGUAGCUCUGAAGAUAGCUACAAGAUGUUGUAUUGCUAUUUGCACAUGUUAGAGAAGGUGAAUGAGGGCAUAAUAACACGUGUGGAAUUGGAUGAGAAGGAAAGAUUCAAGUAUCUAUUCAUAUAUUUGGGAGCUAGCAUUGAAGGGUUUCAAGUAAUGAGAAAAGUGAUAAUUGUUGAUGCAACUUGGCUCAAGAACGGAUAUGGUGGUGUACUUAUUUUUGCCUCGACUCAAGAUCCUAAUCAUCACCACUACCCAUAG